AUGCCUACAUCGAGUGCGAGCGGGGAGCGGGGCGUGCAGCAGCAGAAAGCCGGCUCCCAGAUCAACUCCACCCGCUACAAGACCGAGCUGUGCCGGCCCUUCGAGGAGAACGGCUCCUGCAAGUACGGGGAGAAGUGUCAGUUCGCGCACGGCUACCACGAGCUGAGGAGCCUGUCCCGCCACCCGAAGUACAAGACGGAGCCGUGCCGCUCCUUCCACACCAUCGGCUUCUGCCCCUACGGGCCCCGCUGUCACUUCAUCCACAACGCCGACGAGCGCCGGCCCGCUCCGGCCGCCAACACCAACAUGCAGCCGGGGGAGCCCCGGUCGACCCGCGAGCUGGGCGGCUACAGGCAGAGAGACCUCCUCCCCCCGCAGCACCUCGGCUACAGCCAGCGGGACCGACCCAAGCUCCACCACAGUCUCAGCUUCUCCGGCUUCUCCACCCACCACAGGCUGGAGUCCCCGCUGCUGGACAGCCCCACGUCCCGGACCCCGCCGCCCCCCCACACCGGCUCCUCCUGCGCCCCUAGCUUCUACGACGAGGUGCUGUCCCCCAACUCUAUGUCCUGCAUCAACAGUGCCUCCGACAUUCCUAAAGCAGCUUUAGUCUGA